UAUAAAUAUCAUGCAAUGCCAAAGGGCGGAGCAGUCCAGAAACUAAUCAUGGCGCGACUGAUCGCCCGCAGUUUGCCGUUUCUGCUUUUGCAUUUAUUUCUGGGCGGUCGUGUGUCCGGGACAAUCAACAACGUGGGAUGGUGGAAAGACACGGUAUUUUACCAAAUUUACCCUCGGAGUUUCAUGGACGCCGACGGAGACGGAAUCGGCGAUCUGAAAGGUAUCACCUCGAAGCUCGAGCAUUUCGUUGACGCCGGCAUCGGCGCCAUAUGGCUGUCCCCGAUCUACGCGAGCCCCAUGGUCGAUUUUGGCUACGACAUUUCCAACUUUCGCGAAAUCGAUCCGACCUUCGGGACUAUCUCCGAUUUCGAGGCACUCACCGCGAGAGCCAAACAAUUGGGCCUGAAAGUGAUAUUGGACUUUGUGCCGAACCACUCGGCGGACGAUCACGAAUGGUUCGCGAAGAGCGUGAACCGCGAGUCUCCUUACGAGGAUUAUUACGUGUGGCAGAACGGUAGCGUCCGCGAAGACGGGACCCUGUUGCCCCCGAACAAUUGGAUCAGCGUAUUUUCCGGCCCCGCGUGGACGUACAACGAACAGCGGGGUCAAUGGUAUUUCCAUCAAUUCGCGAAACAGCAGCCCGAUCUGAACUACCGCAGCACCGGAGUACAGGAGGAGAUGAAGAACGUUCUUAGAUUUUGGCUCGCCAAAGGUGUCGACGGUUUCAGAGUAGACGCGGUGCCGCAUCUGGUCGAAGUGUCCGACCUGACCGACGAACCGAUCAGCGACGACGUCACUGGAAUAAAUCCGAACGACUAUCCUUAUCUGAAUCACAUAUACACCAAGGACCAGCCCUUGACCUAUGAAAUAAUGCAAAGCUGGAGAACUCUGCUGGACGAAUACGCGGAUCAGGCCAAUUCGGAUGAGAAGAUUCUGAUGACCGAGGCGUACACAAAUUUAACCAGUACGUUGAAAUACUACGACGUCGGUUCCCACAUACCGUUCAACUUCAAGUUCAUCAUGGAAAUAUCGAGCGAUUCGACCCCCGCCGAUUUUAAAAAUACCGUCGAUUCCUGGGUGAACAAUAUGCCGGAAAAUGCGGUCGCCAACUGGGUUAUGGGUAACCACGAUCGCAGUCGUACGGCUACGCGUUUUCCCAACCGUGCCGAUCAGAUGACGAUGUUGGCGAUGAUUUUGCCCGGUGUAGCGGUGACCUACAACGGCGAAGAAAUCGGGAUGACCGACACGUGGGUGUCCUGGGAAAAUACGCAGGACCCUCAGGCCUGUAAUACUGAUCCCACUCGCUACGAAGCACACACUCGUGAUCCCAACAGAUCACCGUUCCAGUGGGACACGACGACGAGCGCCGGUUUUUCAAAAAAUAGCAACACCUGGCUCCCCGUGAAUCCGAACUAUAUCACUUUGAAUUUAGCGACGCAAAAGUCCGCCGCGACCUCGCAUUACAAGGUCUAUCAAAAAUUGACCAAACUGAGACAGAGUCCCGUCCUUCGAUACGGUACGCACGACGUCAAGGACCUCGCGGGAAACGCUCUCUCCGUUUCCCGUACCCUCGAGGAGAAUGGAAAAACUCAGCGAGUUGUACUCCUGAUAAACUUCAGGAACGCCCAAACGACGGUGGACUUGAUUUCCUCCCAGAUCGUCGGAGAUUCGGAGACAGUCAAAUUCUACACGACGAGCAUCGGUUAUCCGGUGGUAGCUGAGGUGGAAAUUCAAGAUAAAACGAACGUCGUCUUACCAGCCAGAGCUUCGAUCGUCGUCACUUCCGAAAGUGGAGCUGCUCAAAUAACCGCCAGUAUUGUCCUCGCCAUUCUACCGCUAAUCUUCAAAUAUAUCGUCACGUAAUAUACAAAAUGGCGUAGUUUAUUUUCAUUUCAUCCGAAGGAAGAAAAAAAAGAAAAAAAAAAGCACGAGUGAUAUGAAUUUGUAAAAUUAUCAAAUAUUCAUUAUUUUUGUACAUAUUACACACACAUUCGAAUUAUUGUCAUUUAAUUGAACGUACGUCCAAACGAUUUUUUUUGAUUUUUUGUUUUUCCGAUUUUCAUCUGAAAACAUUAUUACACGCACGGCUUGAGCUUAUUCAACUUAUAUAGAAACUAUUUAAACUCUUCGUAUUAUGUACUUAAUUUAAUUUGUAAAUUCUUCUUCGCAUACAAAUAUUUAUUUAUAAUCGUUAAUGUAAAUUGUAUCAAGAUACAAAAGACGAGAGAUAACUCUAAAUUUGUGUACACGUGUAACGGCGGGAGGGUACAAAUAUUCCUCGUCGCGAUCAGAAAUUCAAUAUCGAAAAUACCGCAAAAUUUUUAAUUUGAAAACUUUUUGAGUAAAGUAUAUACUUGCGUAUACAUAUGUAUGUAUACCGACCCAAAUAUAUGUAAUAAUAUGCGUCAA